AGCAACAGACCCGCAGUAGUUAGCAAGCAAAGCGUUUCUUUACCUCAGAAGGUUAUCAGCGGUUUUUAAACCGAGAAAGACUCCGUUUUUCGUCUCCGGUCACAUUUAAAAGGCUCAGUCCAGUGCUUGGCUCAGCACAGCUAAAUGGCAGCGGUACAGGAGGGGCCGUGGAAAAGCUUGAGCUCAGGGAAGAAGGUGGCGCUGGCUGCAGGCCUUUCUGUAGGGGCCACAGUGGGCUACAUCUUAUACCGUCAUAUUUGGAGCAGCAGUGCUCAACAGCAAAAGACAGAACAGUCCAGAUUUUUUGUGCCCCUCGAUGUCUACAGAUCUAUUGCAAGGCACCAAAGCACCUUUCUGGAUCUAAUAAGUCAGAAGUCAGGAGCCCAGGUGAAUGUGCUGCCGAAUUCGGAGGAUCAGAGUGCCGUGUGCUUCUUACUCCAGGGCACAACACAGCAGAAUCUCUUGGCUAAAUGUGCUCUGGAGAAACUCGCCAGUGACAGUGAGCUCAUCAGUGUUGUCCUAGAGGUGCCACAGACUGCCUUCGGACGAAUCAUAGGUCGCGGUGGUGAGUCGCUGAAGUUAAUCAGCCGAACAUCAGGAGCUCGGGUGAACUGCUCACGUGAGCGAGGUCGCAGCUUGGAGGAAAAGGGCAAGGUUACCAUCAUGGGAACACGUCAAGAAGUUCAGCGCGCAAAGGACUUGAUCAUGGAGAAAGUGAUGGAGAAUGAGAUGGUGCGAAAACGGAUCAGCCAGUCCUCGGCUCUGCGCCAGAAAAGAAAAACCCCAGAACUGGAUUCAGUCCACAAACCUUGUGGCCCAGACUCCGGGCUUAUGCACAACAUGAACAGAGAUGAUCUUUCUCUCCUGACUGAAGUGAGACUGAAUCAGGCCAGUGGCUCUGACGGGUUUGCCAGCAGCGGGGACCACACAACAGAAAAUUCACUUAAAUCAGAGGAUGAAGAGAUUUUCUCUCCAGCUUCACCACUGGAGUACUCCAAAUUUGAAAUUCCGAGUCCAGACCUGAGCUUCCAGCCUGGUGAGCAUUUGGAGGUGUACGUGUCUGCAUCCGAGAAUCCACAUCACUUCUGGAUUCAGAUCAUAGGUGUCCGAUCGCUUCAGCUGGAUAAACUGACUACGGAAAUGAGCCGUUUCUAUAACGGAGACACUUUGCAUGAGCACAGAGUGGAGGCUAUCGUCGUCGGGGACAUCGUGGCAGCUCCUUAUCGGGACCAUGGCGCGUGGAACCGGGCUCGAGUGCUCGGCGUCCUGAACUCUGGUUUGGUCGAUCUGUACUAUGUGGAUUAUGGGGACAACGGAGAGCUGCCGCGGGAACAGUUACGCAGCCUGAGGAGUGAUUUCUUGAGCUUGCCCUUUCAAGCUAUUGAGUGCAGUCUAGCGGAAGUGCAGCCUGUAGGAGAGUUUUGGACAGAGGACGUGCUGGAUGAAUUUGAGAGAAUGACGUACUGCGCGCAGUGGAAGCCUUUACUAGCCAAACUGUGCAGCUACUCACAUACAGAGAUGUCUUCCUGGCCCAGUGUAAAGCUGUAUGAUAACACCCAGGGAAAGGCAGUGGAUCUGGGUGAAGAGUUGAUUCGCUUAGGCCAUGCGGUAAGAUGUCAGGAUGAGGAUAGCGGGCUGAGAGGAGAUCAGGACGAGCCAAGAUUUUUGCAGAAGUUGUUGGACGACAUGACCGGGGCCACUUCAGAGUUGAGUAUGUCCUGUAUAAGCUUGUCAGGUUCCGUAUAUCCAUCAGUGGCAAAGCAGUUGACGUGGUCGUCUUCGAGCUUCCCCAGCCCUGUAGAUGUCCAGCGAGCUGAUGUAGACCAGAAUUCCUCUGACAACGUCAUGGCUCCUUCUUCAUUGUUUCUUUACUCCACACCUUCUCUGAGCCUAAGCGAGGUGUUCAGCCAUGUUCUUGAGUCUUCAGGCUCAGUGCUCUCUCCACUCGGCUUGGAACAAAGAUUUGAUCCUCAACAGAACCUCAUGAGCUGCUCAGAUCUUCCAUCAGCAGCUCAAAUAAAGCACAUGCAAGAGGUGUCACCAGUCACAAUCCCCUCUGCGUCUGCUGUAGAUGUAGUGACAUCAGCGCUAGAUUCUGUCAGCCUGAGUGACAACGUCUUCCUCGGGACAUUCUCCAGCAGCAACAUCACAACUUCUUCAGAGCUGAUGGAACCAGAGUCUUCCAUCAGUACCUGCAGUGAGUGUGUGUGCAGCAGCAGCAGCAGCAAUAGUAGUGAUGGAAUAAGAGGUGUCUGGUAUUAUCUUGCAUCCUCUCAGGGCUCCUCUGAGACAUCAUUCAACACCACCAUGCCCACAUCAGCCACGGCUUCUUCGUCAUCGUCCUCCUCCUCCUCCUAUCCAUCCUCCACUUCCUCCUGUCUGAUUGAGUCUGAGGACACGAACCCAGUGACCUCCUCCUCUGUAAUCUACCUGAGCUCUGAUCUGUCGUCGAGUGCGGACGAUGCUGAAAUGACGGACGGAGAUCCAUCUGAACCAAGGAAGGCUCUCCAAACGUUAAGUGUCGCCCGUGUGAGCGAUCGUAGCAGCAGUGAGAGUGAUGUCAUUUACGUCGCCACUACACAGUCUGAGCGCUUGGCUCAGGAAGAUGAUGAUUUAAAUGAUUCAACAGCUAAAACUAGUGUGAGAAAGCACGAGUUAUUAACAAGAAUUAUCAGUGAAUCAAGUGAACAACUUGCUGAGGCCUUGAGAGAAAAAAAGGAGGAAGAGAACGAGGAGGUCUGUGGAGAAGCUGUGCUAAGAGACAAAGUGCCGGAAGUUGAAAACAAGGAGACCAGUGGAGCCAUAUCAGUAAGAGGUGCUGCUGGUUUAAAGGAAGUUGCCUCAAUAUCUGGAAGUGUAGAUGACACUCUUGAUGAGGAGUUCAACUGAUAAAAGACCAAAAGACCACAUGCUGAUGAAAACACUCUGCUGGCAUGGACCUCAUGAUUCCUACCUGCAAGCACAAGCCUUUUCUGACUGUGCUAGAUGUUCUCUUUAUUUAAUUUUUUUAUUUUUUUGGUCAAUUCUUGUUGUUUGUUCUAGAGUUACUGUCAACAUUACAAAUAUUGUUUUACUCACUUUAUCGUGAACUACUUGGAGUUGAUGACCAGAUGAGAAGUGAUGCUCAGUGAGCUACAGAGCUAUAAAAAAGGAACCUCAGUAUUAUUGUAGUUGUGCACUUGGGUGAUUUAAAUGUUUUUUUUUUUUCUAAUGGAAGUUGUUUGAAUCCGUUUGAAAUUAAAUGAAUUUGCAUUUGUUAUUUAUGUUAUGCAUUUCAUGGUUGGUUAACAUGCUUGCAAAUAUAUCUAUAUAUUAUAUAAACAUAUAAUAUAAUAAAAGAGUAUUGUUCUAA